UCUGAUUGUUUUCUGUAAUAACUUUUGUUGCGGGUGAUGCAGGCGGGAAGGAUUGUCAAUGAUUGGAAUUAGAAAUCAAAAGAGUGAUCGAGUCUGCAAGUAGUUGCAUUUAGAGCUGAGAUAAAAUUCAAAGAGACAAGCCACUGAGAAUAUUGUUAUGGCGUCAGAGAGUCAAAAAGAUGAAACUGUGAUUAACAUGGUCAUGAGUCCAUUGCCAAGUUCCUAUGAGAACUUGAUGGGAUAUGAGUUGUCUAUGUCAUCUAAAUUUUCCAUCUUUCAAACCCCGAAAAUUCUUUCCAGGCACAACGAAGCAGCAUAUAAGCCAAAUGCUUUCUCGAUCGGGCCUUUCCACUACAGAGCUAACAAACAACUCGAAGCCACACAAAAAAUAAAAUUGAAGUAUUUGCGAGACCUCCUCUCACGAUCAAGCAAUCCGGAGGAGCUAUAUAGUCAGCUUAUAGCAACCAUCAGGUCGGUUCAGCGAGAGGCGCGGGACUGCUAUGCAGGGUCAAUUGAAAGCUGUGUUGAGGAAGCAUUUGUAGAGAUUUUGGUACUUGACGGUUGCUUCAUUAGUGAGUUGUUCCGCAAAGAUGCCAAAAAAGAACUUAGAGAUCCAAAUGACCCCAUAUUCACCAUGUCUUGUUUACAAAAAUAUUUAAACCAUGACCUGAUUUUGCUUGAAAACCAAAUUCCUUGGAUAGUGCUUGAGCGUUUGUUUAGCUUGACCAAACUUUCUCCCGGCAAAUCCCUAAUCGAACUUGCCCUUAAAUUCUUCAGUAAUAUAUUCUCAUCCAAACAACCAUCUGUUCAACCAAACGAAUUCCAAGAUAUCGAGAUCAAACAUAUCCUUGACUUGUUGAGGCAUUCCUUGCUUUUACCAUUAUCACCAGAUAGGUUCAAAGGAGAACCCACGGGAUGGGAAGCCUUCCCUUGUGCUACAAAGAUCAACGAGGCCGGUAUCACGUUUGAGAAACGGAUGGCAGGUAGUAUUUUGGAUAUAAACUUUAAAAAUGGUGUUCUCAAGAUUCCACCUCUGCUAAUUCAAGAGACAACUGAAACCAUUCUCCGAAACCUCAUCAGCUUUGAACAAUGUUGUCCAAAUUAUCAACCCAUAGUCACUUCUUAUGCGAAACUCAUGGAUAAUCUCAUUGACACCGACAAAGACAUUGAGAUACUCAGCGAUAAGAAUAUUAUCGAUAAUUGGUUGAAUCCAGAGGACGCAAAGCAAUUCUUCAACAAGCUAUACCAUGAUACAUAUGUGAAGCAGUUCUUUUAUCAUGACAUUUGCGUGAAAGUGACGGGACACAGUAAACGCUUGUGGCCUAGAUGGCGUUUUUCUUACGUGCACAACUAUUUUGGCAAGCCAUGGGCGAUUGUUUCUCAAGUUGUUGGUACAAUCCUUUUGGUUCUCACGUUGUUACAGACUUUGUAUGCAGUUCUUAGUUAUGUGGGAGAUAAAAGUCGUUGAUGUUUGUUUACUCCUAUUAAUUUGAUCUUCAAUGUAAGUUGUGUUGUUUGUUCAGAAGUUUAUUCUCUGUCUUCUUUUGUAAAAAUAAUUAAAUUGUGAAUAUUUUGUAAA